UGCGUAGAAAUCGAAGGGUUGCGCCAGCUGGCAGCUGCGUUUUUCUGCGCAGUUUUCACUGUCGCGCAGUCCCGACCCGCUCCAACCACCCGACUUCCCAUGAUCCCCCGCGCGAAGCAGCCAUUCAUUAACACAUAGCAACACGGAGCUUAGCUGCUAACAUGUCAGACAAAAAACAGACCGUGGACCUGGGCUUACUGGAGGAGGACGACGAGUUCGAAGAAUUCCCCGCCGAGGAUUGGACGGGGCUGGAUGAAGACGAAGAUGCUCAUGUGUGGGAGGACAACUGGGACGAUGACAAUGUAGAGGACGAUUUCUCAAAUCAGCUGAGAGCGGAGCUCGAAAAACAUGGUUACAAGAUGGAGACGUCGUAGUGGAUGACAAGGCCCCUCUUGUGUUCUGUGACAUUGGAUAUGGACAUUUCUAUCUGAGUAUUGCCGGCUGACCACAACUCCUCAAGACCCGAUUCGAGGAUGUUAUUGUUUCUUUUUUUGUAAGAAAUGUGGAUGGAAGUAAACCGUUUAGACAAAACUGUC